AUGGAUUGGACAUGGGAAAUGAAGGCGAGUCGGGCGCGGUGCCGUGUGCUACACAUACUGGUACUCACCGAGGGGCCUUCGGAAGAGAGCCAGUUAGGGGCAGGCCGUGGUCGGUCGGUCGGACCAGGCACAGUUUCUGGCCAGGGGACGGGGCUGCGGUGUCGUGCGCGGAGGGCGCCGCCUUCAGGAGCCCAGCCCCAGCUGCCCAGCGGGCUCUCCCGGGAAGUCCUGGGGCAAGGCCGCUUUGGGAGCAGGCCCAAGCCGACUUCCCGGUUCCCUAGCCCGAGACAGGAAUGUCCGGUGAUUCAUCACUGUUCACAUUGGUUGGAUGUGUUUCUCUUCCUAAAGAAUGAUUCCCACUUCUGCAAAUAUCGAUCAUUCCAUCACUCUGCUGUGGAAAAUGACCCUCUACACCCAUGGGUCUUGGGUAUCAUCCUUGUGAGCAGCAUAUCCUGGCACGUGUGGGAAUUUGACAGCCAGGUUGCUCCCGUGGCCUUCACUGGCCUUUGGGAUGCUCAGUAUUAUUGGCCAGCAUCCACAGGAGGUGGACCCAAGCAGUUGGGCUUGAGUAUGCGAAAGAUCUUAAUGGUGUUGGUGAAUUUUAUACAGCCAGUGGCCCUGUUUCUCAGCACAGUGGCCUUCCUGGUCAGCAGGAUGAAGCCCACCUACCCAGAACUCCUGCAACUCUAUUACAGAAGUUUGGGCCUCCUUAAUUUCCUCAACUCUGGCUGUGUGGCUCUGGCUCUGGAGAACUACGCCAUGGACAUUUCUGGCCAAAGCACCCUUGAUUUCCCAUUAGAGUUUACUGUGGACAAAGAGGCUGUGACCAAGAAACACUUCUCCUAUGUGUUCCCGCUAGGGAUCAUCACUGCCACUCUGUCCCUCCUCAGUGGCAUCCUGUGCUUUGUGGCCAUGAGCUUCACCAAGCCCAAGUUGAGGGCAGAGGCAGAUGUGCCUGAAGGAAAGAUCUGAACUGAGAGCUGGGGGUGUGGGAAGGCCGAGCAGGGUGCUUGGGGCAAUUACCACCUGGCUGGGA